AUGGAGGUCAACACAUGUCACACACAUAAUUACAGGCAGUUUCCCACCCAGUGCACUCUGAAUGUGCCCAAAGCCCGCAAGAAGUGCAACGAAACCACAAUUCGUUGUACUGCUGUGGGAUCAACACCUUCAACUACGUUGGGUUCAGAUUGCAGUACUUCAACAGCUACAAAAUCUUCAUCUGUAAAGACGUUUGGGUUUAGUGGAAAUAAACCCGUAGCCUUGAACCCUGCUUCGCCUUUGCUCAUAGUGGCGACAUCGGAGAAUGCCUUUUUAACCAACGAUGCUACAUCGUAUGGUGUGAUUCUUUCAGCUACAUUUAGCGAUUUUAUUUAUGUAGAGCCAUUGCUCUACAUAAAUAAAAUCGCAUUCUCUUAUAUAAGCUGCUUUGAACGGUCCAAAAAAGAGACAUCUAGCGGUUGCAUGCGAUGA